AUCAACAGAUCGUUUAUCUGGAAUACAGAAAUACAAAUGUUUCUACAGAACGAAAGAGAAAAUGUAUACAUAUAUGUAUAACGAAAUAUGUACGAGUGUACACAUAUAUUGUACAUACUUUCACGCGACUACCUUUGUACACCACUUUUAAAUCAGUGUUAUUACAAAAAAAACAUAAAAUUUACUCUUGAAACUCGUCAGUCCCGUUAAGAACACUUUUGAGAAACGUGCAAUUAUGAGUGCAAAUUGGAUAAAUUUAAAUCGACGCGGUUUUCAAUUGGUUGAAAACUUGUUAAUCGUCCGGACACGGGCUAUAAAAGAAUGUGUUAUGCGAAAACGAAUAGUAGAUGUCUUUGGAGUUUCAAAUUAUAACGUGUUCUUUUCAACUACCUGUUGCUCGACUAAAUCCAAUAUGACUGGAAUUAUUUACAAAAAUGUUUGGGAAACUGACCCAGAACUUUUUGAAAUAAUGAAAAAAGAAAAAAAGAGGCAAGAAGUUGGUCUUGAAAUGAUUGCUAGUGAGAACUUUACAUCUCUUAGCGUAUUGCAAUGUUUGAGCUCCUGCCUUCACAACAAAUAUAGUGAAGGUCUUCCUGGUCAAAGAUAUUACGGAGGAAAUCAGUACAUUGAUGAAAUUGAAUUAUUAGCACAAAAGCGCUCUUUAGAAGCAUUUAACUUAAAUCCAGAAGAAUGGGGUUGUAAUGUACAACCUUAUUCAGGUAGCCCAGCUAACUUUGCAGUUUAUACAGGUUUAAUUGAACCUCAUGGUCGAAUAAUGGGAUUAGAUCUUCCUGAUGGGGGACAUCUUACUCAUGGUUUUUUUACUCUAAAUAAAAAAGUUUCUGCAACAUCAAUAUUUUUUGAAUCAAUGCCAUAUAAAGUUAAUCUCGAAACUGGUUUAAUUGAUUAUGAUAAAUUAGCUGAAGAAGCGAGACUAUUUAAACCCAAAAUUAUAAUAGCAGGUGUGUCCUGUUACAGCAGAUGUUUAGAUUAUAAACGAUUCAGGAAAAUAGCUGAUGAAAAUAAUGCUUAUCUAUUUAGCGAUAUGGCACAUGUAUCUGGCUUAGUUGCGGCUGGAUUAAUUCCCAGCCCGUUUGAAUAUAGUGAUAUUGUAUCCACUACAACUCAUAAAACUUUAAGAGGACCUCGAGCUGGUAUUAUAUUCUUCCGGAAAGGAGUUAAAAGUAUUGAUAAAGAUGGGAAUAAAAUUAUGUAUAAUUUUGAAGAUAAAAUUAAUCAGGCAGUAUUCCCAGGAUUACAGGGUGGUCCUCAUAAUCAUGCAAUUGCAGGCAUUGCUACAGCAAUGAAACAAGUUAAAUCUCCAGAAUUUCUUCAGUAUCAGAAACAAAUUGUAGCUAAUGCAAAGAGAUUGUGCUCAGGACUAAAAGAGCUUGGUUAUAAAAUUAGUACAGAUGGUACUGAUGUUCAUAUGUUAUUAGUAGAUUUACGAUCUACUGGAGUUACAGGAGCUAAGGCAGAAACAAUUUUAGAAAGUAUUUCUAUUGCAUGCAAUAAAAAUACUGUACCUGGUGAUAAAAGUGCAUUACAUAGCAGUGGUAUCAGACUUGGUACACCUGCAUUGACCACUCGUGGUUUAGUUGAAAAAGACAUUGAUGAAGUUGUUCGUUUCAUACAUCAAGGACUACUACUCUCUAAAGAAGUAUCUAAUAUUUCUGGUCCUAAGCUUGUCGAUUAUAAAAGAGUAUUGAAUACUAAUGCUGAUAUUCAAGCAAAAAUUGCAGUUUUAAGAGAAGAAGUUGAAACUUUUUCUAAACAAUUUCCAAUUCCUGGUUAUGUAGCAUACUAAUACUACAGCACUGUGCUUUUGUUUUAUCCAGUAUAUGCAUCCCCACAUUUACUAUGUAUAUCAAUUUUUCCAUUAAUAUAUUUAAGGAUUUUUAUACACAUCAGUUACUUAUAAGGAAUAUAAAUGUAUACGCGUAUUGGUCUCGUGUGAAAUGUGUAUUUAUGUACAUACAUAAUAUUUUGUACAGUUAUACAUUAUUAAAAAAUGCUCAUUAUGAAUAUAACAAAAAAUUAAAUACAAAAAAUUGUGUAAUUACAUUUUGAAAAUAUCAAAUUAUAUGAAUUAUCAUAUUACACUAUUCAUAUAAUGGAUUUAAUAUUUCCAUUUUCCCUUUUUAAUUUGUUAAAAGCUUACACAUAUGUCAUUGCAACUAAAUAUAAGUAUGCUUUAUAUAACAGCAAUAAAUUUUUAAAUAUAACUUCCUGUUUAUACCAACAAAUACUUAAUUUUUUUCUUUUUUGUAUAU